UCUCUCCAGUUGAGUUAAAUUGAUGGCUGCCCGGGCUCAGCAAAAUCAACAAACUCAAGAUAAACUUACACGAAUUGCUAUUGUAAGCACUGACAAAUGUAAACCAAAACGAUGUCGACAGGAAUGCAAGAAAUCGUGUCCAGUUGUCCGAAUGGGAAAACUGUGUAUUGAAGUUACUCCAGAAUCGAAAGUUGCAUAUAUUUCUGAACCGCUAUGUAUCGGUUGUGGAAUUUGUGCGAAGAAAUGUCCAUUUGAAGCUAUAACAAUCAUCAAUCUUCCAAGCAAUCUUGAAAAGGAAACCACACAUCGCUACAAUGCCAACUCAUUCAAACUUCACAGGUUGCCCAUUCCGCGGCCUGGGGAGGUGUUAGGGUUGGUCGGGACAAAUGGAAUUGGUAAAUCUACAGCACUGAAGAUCUUGGCGGGUAAACAGAAACCAAACCUUGGGAGAUUUAAUAAUCCUCCUGAUUGGCAAGAGAUCCUUUUAUACUUCCGAGGAUCUGAACUGCAAAACUAUUUUACAAAGAUCUUAGAAGAUGACUUGAAGGCCAUUAUUAAACCACAGUAUGUUGACCAGAUUCCUAAGGCAGUCAAGGGCAGCGUUCAGUCCAUUCUUGACAGAAAAGCUGAGAUGGAAAACCAAGAACACAUCUGUGAGCAGCUAGAUCUGAUGACAGUACUGGAUCGUAAUGUAGAUGAACUUUCUGGAGGAGAGCUUCAACGGUUUGCUUGUGCUGUGGUGUGCGUACAAAAGGCUGAUAUAUACAUGUUUGAUGAACCUUCAAGCUACCUGGAUGUGAAGCAACGUCUCAAGUGUGCCCUGACAAUAAGAUCACUGCUCAGUGAUGACAGGUACAUCAUUGUGGUGGAGCAUGAUUUGAGUGUGCUGGAUUAUCUGUCAGACUACAUCUGCUGUCUGUAUGGUGCUCCAGGAGCAUAUGGUGUUGUAACUAUGCCAUUCAGUGUAAGGGAAGGAAUCAAUAUCUUUUUGGAUGGCUUUGUUCCUACUGAGAAUUUGCGAUUCAGAGAGUCAUCUCUGGUUUUUAAAGUGGCUGAGACGGCAGACAAGGAAGAAGAAAUAAAGAGAAUGCGCAGAUACAGUUAUCCUUCAAUGCAAAAACAACUGAAGGAGUUCCACCUGAGUAUUGACGGUGGUGAAUUCACUGACUCGGAGAUCAUUGUUAUGCUGGGAGAGAAUGGAACUGGCAAGACGACUUUUAUCCGCAUGUUGGCUGGAAGACUAGUUCCAGAUAAUGAAGAGCAAGUUCCCAUGAUGAACGUGAGCUAUAAACCACAAAAGAUUAGCCCCAAGUCAAAGAACACAGUGCGCAUGCUCCUUCACGAGAAGAUUCGUGACGCUUACGUACACCCUCAGUUUAUCGCUGACGUCAUCAAACCGCUACAGAUUGAACAAAUCAUGGAUCAGGAGGUUCAAAACCUGUCUGGAGGUGAACUGCAACGUGUUGCGCUUACGAUUUGUCUCGGAAAGCCAGCUGAUGUGUAUUUGAUCGAUGAGCCCUCGGCAUACCUCGACUCUGAGCAGCGUCUGGUAGCCGCUAAAGUCAUUAAACGUUUCAUCUUGCACGCGAAGAAAACUGGCUUUGUUGUUGAGCACGAUUUCAUCAUGGCUACCUACCUGGCCGACCGUGUUGUGGUGUUUGAAGGCGAACCUUCUGUCAAGACUCUAGCGAAUUCUCCGCAGACGCUUUUGACCGGGAUGAACAAGUUUCUUCAGUCCCUGGAAAUCACCUUCCGGCGCGACCCGUCUAACUUCCGGCCACGGAUCAACAAAAUGAAUUCAGUCAAGGACUGUGAUCAAAAACGGACAGGCAACUACUUUUACCUGGAAGAUUAAAGCUUCUGUUACUCCAUUCAAAGUAAGUACCAAGUGCAGCUCCUUCAAGAAGGCAGCAGUCAGGGUGGAUGUAACAGAAAACGAGUCUGAAAUGGCGCAAUGAUAUGGACACUCUUCAGAGAUCACUGACCAAAAGAGAAAUUCUCCUCGCUGGUUUCCAUAGAAUUUUUAUGGUGCUAGUUGGGUGAAUUUGACUAUCGCUCCGUGUAGUUAUUGUUAUGACCUACACCUGGCUUUAUGUUGACAUUCUUUGGAGAACUCAGAUCGCAAUCGCCGUUAAACCUAAACGGGACAAUAAAACUAAUAUCUCUUCUCUAACUUAAAAAUGAAAAUUUCAAGGAACUGAAACUUAACGUUUUGCAAUUACCUCCUAAUGAGCUGAUGAAUCGCUUAUAGUAUGUGCGAAAAACGUAUUUAGCGUUAGUGUUUGUCCUGUGUGUAAGCCCAUGGUUGCUCAUGACUUGGAAAAUGCAACUGUCUGUCACUUACUCACUUGUUAAGCUGUCAGCCAAUUUAACGAGCUUUCUGAUUACUGAAGGCCAUAAAUCGGUCAACAGUUAACCUUAUUAUAGAGUAUAUACUUUUUGUGUUUUAUCUCCGAGGAUAAUAAAGUGUACUAUCUGUUCAUCAGUUGA